AUGUGUUUAAGAGCACACUGGAUUGACAAUGAUUGGAAAUUGAACAAAAGAAUAAUAAACUUUUGUCCUAUUUCAAGUCAUAAAGGAGAUGAUCUUGGGAAGGUGGUCGAGAAGUGUUUACUAGAUUGGGAAAUUGAGAAUGUUUUCACCAUCACGGUUGAUAAUGCUAGUUCAAAUGAUACCAUGAUUAUAUACUUAAAAAAGAGGUUCAACAAUUGGGGAGGCAUAAUGUUGGGUGAGAAAUAUCUUCAUAUGAGAUGCAUUGCUCAUAUUGUUAAUCUUAUUGUUAGUGAUGGGCUCAAAUGUUUGGGGGAUUCCGUUGCUCGUGUUCGUUCGGCGGUGAGAUAUGUGAGGCAAUCUCCCUCUAGAUUAGCUAAAUUCAAAACUUGCAUUGAACUAGAAAAAAUUGAAUUUGGUUCAUCUUUAUGUUUGGAUGUAUGCACUAGAUGGAAUUCCACUUAUUUGAUGUUGAACGUUGCUCUAAAAUAUGAAAAAGCUUUUGAAAGAUAUGGUGAGGAGGAUCCCUUGUUUAGAUUUGAACUAAGUAAUGGAAAUGGAGCUCAUGGAAUGCCAUUGGAGGAUGAUUGGGUUAAUGUGAGAAGGUUAUGCAUUUUGCUUGAAAAAUUUUACAAGCUAACAUUACUUGUUUCAGGUUCCUUAUAUGUGACAAGUAAUUUUUUUCUUCAAGAAAUUGGUAAUAUUGCUUGUGAUUUGCAAAAAUGGAGAUUGUCUGAUGAUGCAUCAUAUGCUAGAAUUGCUAAUAAAAUGACAGAUAAAUAUGAGAAGUAUUGGGGAAGUUGGGAGAAGACGAACAUGUUGAUUUACAUUGCGGCGCUUGUAGAUCCACGAAAUAAAGAAGAUUUUGUGACUUUUAUUCUUGAGCUUACAUAUGGUGAGAAAGAAAGUGUUGAUAAGUUAAAAUUCAUCAAAGAUGUCGCAUUUGCAUUAUUCAAUGACUACAAGAUUAAAUAUGGAACUGAAAUAAAUACAAGUGAGCAAUCAAUUGGUGCUUCAUCUAAUAAUAUUGACAGUGGUGAUGUUAAUCAAAUAACCGAUGUAAGAAGUCAGUUUAAAAGUUUGAAAGCCGCAAAAGGAAGUGUCGAAGCAAAAUCAGAGUUGGAAAAAUUUCUAAGCGAGGAUGUUGAAGCCGAUCAAAGUAACUUUGAUAUUUUAGCUUAUUGGAAAGUUAAUAGUGCAAGGUUCCCAAUUCUCUCUCGGAUGGUGGCCGAGUACUUGAUCCAUUUAGGAGCUCAUUGA